UGCGCUGCUCGGUCCAAAGACCAGUUCCAGUGCGAACUGGUUCCGCUUUUGAACAACUCUAGUUUUUUUUAUUGGGCUAUGUUUUAAAAACAUAUGCGGAAACGAAAAUCAAUACACGGCCAGCGAGGAGCAGUACGAACCGAUCGGUAGGGAUAUCAGGAUACGGAUACGGAUAUAGCGCAGUCGACAACAACAGCAACUGGGACUAGUGGCAGAGGCAACAGCAAUAGCAGAAGAAGCAGAAGCAACGGAGCAGCCACAAUGGUGUGUUCGGUGUCAGUGUGUGUGUGUGUUUUGUAUCGUGUUGUCUGAUUUCUCGGACGGAUUUGGAUUUCAUUUGCGUUGGUCAUUAAACGGCGUCCUCAUCGGCCGUAAACACCGCCACACCACCGUCUUGCACAAUCCAAAAGAAAACCAACAACAAGAGUGGAUCAUCAUCGCAGUAGAAUAACAAAGACGUUUGGGAUUUGGAGCUGGAUCUGAAUCUGAAUCUGGAUCUGUGGACAGGGGAGGGGGAGAGGCGCCUUUUCGCCAUCGAUGUCACCGCAUUUGAACCUUUGAUGCCGCCUGCCACCACCUACCACCGCUUGCCCCGAACAGGAUAUCACACGAAAAGGAUAAGGAGCCGGAGCAGCCACAGCCAUGCUCCCCAUUAGCGAGGAGCAGGGCCAAAAGUUGGACCAACACCAGCUCCAGCACCAGCAGGAGCUCCAGGAGCCGACCAACGGCCUGGACGACACCGAUGUGGGCAAUGGCAGCCUCUGGACGGCCCUCUACGACUACGAGGCCCAGGGCGAGGAUGAGCUCACCCUGCGACGCGGCCAGAUAGUCAUCGUCCUGUCCACGGACAGCGAGGUGUCCGGCGACGUUGGCUGGUGGACGGGCAAGAUCGGCGACAAGGUGGGUGUCUUUCCCAAGGACUUUGUCACCGACCAGGAUCCCCUCCAGCUGAACGUACCAUCCGCCAUCGGAGACAUCCAGCCGCACGAGAUCGAGUACGAGGAGCUGGACAUCAAGGAGGUGAUCGGCUCCGGUGGCUUCUGUAAGGUGCAUCGCGGCUUCUACGACGGCGAGGAGGUGGCCAUCAAGAUAGCGCACCAGACGGGCGAGGAUGAUAUGCAGCGGAUGCGCGACAAUGUCCUCCAGGAGGCGAAACUCUUCUGGGCCCUGAAACACAAGAAUAUCGCCGCCCUCCGCGGUGUCUGCCUGAAGACGAAGCUCUGCCUGGUGAUGGAGUACGCCCGAGGUGGCAGCUUGAACCGGAUACUGGCCGGAAAGAUCCCACCCGAUGUCCUUGUCAACUGGGCGAUCCAAAUAGCGCGCGGCAUGAACUAUCUGCACAACGAGGCGCCCAUGUCGAUCAUACACCGCGACCUCAAGUCCUCCAACGUCCUCAUCUACGAGGCCAUCGAGGACAAUCAUCUGCAGCAGAAGACGCUGAAGAUCACGGACUUUGGCCUGGCCCGGGAGAUGUACAAUACGCAGCGGAUGAGUGCGGCGGGCACGUACGCCUGGAUGCCGCCCGAGGUGAUCAGUGUCAGCACGUACUCCAAAUCCUCUGAUGUUUGGAGCUAUGGUGUGCUGCUCUGGGAACUGAUUACCGGCGAGACGCCCUACAAGGGAUUCGAUCCCCUGUCCGUAGCCUACGGCGUGGCUGUCAACACACUGACCCUGCCGAUACCAAAAACCUGCCCCGAAACCUGGGGAGCUCUCAUGAAGAGCUGCUGGCAAACGGAUCCACAUAAGCGACCUGGAUUUAAGGAGAUACUCAAGCAACUGGAGAGCAUCGCCCAUUCGAAGUUCACGCUGACGCCGCAGGAGUCCUUCCACUACAUGCAGGAGUGCUGGAAAAAGGAGAUCGCCGAGGUGCUGCACGAUCUGCGCGAAAAAGAAAAGCGUUUCCAAACCAUCGAAGAGGAAUUGCGCAACAAGGAGGAGCAACUGCUGCGGGUGCAGAACGAACAGCGGGAGAAGGCGACUCUCUUGAAGAUCCAGGAGCAGAAUCUCCGGGAACGCGAAAUGGAACUGAUCGAAAGGGAACUCGUUAUGAUGCAGCCGGUUCCCUCGAAGCGUAAACCCAAAAAGGGCAAAAAGCAUAAACCUCCUUUACAAAUAUCCCUGCCGACGGGCUUCCGGCACACCAUUACGGCCGUACGCGACAAGGCCGAGCAGCCCGGAUCGCCCUCCUUCUCUGGACUGCGCAUUGUGGCACGCUACCAGGGCAGCGGGAAGAUGGAGGACUGGCGUCCGGGAGCCAGCAACAUGCCCAUCAUGUCACCGUCGCCCUACCUCCUCAGCCGCUUCACCAGCAACGUGCCCCUGCCGACCCUGUACGCCGGAGACUCGGCCCGGAAGCCGAAGCUCUCCGUGAUCGAGCUGCUCCUCUACAACAUGGCCUCCCUGCUGGCUGGGGUGGCGGCUGGCUACGAUGUCCGGAUGUCCAAUGUCUCGCCAGUGCAUCCCACGUUGCUGAGCGAAGUGCCGGCCCUGAAGGCGGCGCCCAAGGCCACCAAGCUGGUGGAACUGAAGGAGGAGGAGGCAGCGAUAGUGGAGCAACCCCAGCAGCAGCUCAGGGAUCAGGAGCAGUCACUGGAGACACUAGAACAGCGGCAGCGACUGGAGGAUGAGCAAAAGGACCAGCGGGACAGCACUCCCCGAAAGGUGGUUCCCCAGAACAGAUUCCCGGGAAUGGAGACCACGGUCAGCAAGUCACAGCCCACGUCCCUGGCCCGACGCAUCGGCGGCAGUCAGCCGUACUACACGCCCGUUCAGAGGACUCCCCAGCACCAGUUGCACCACCAUCAGAAGCAGCAGCAACAGCAGCUCCCACUCCACCACCAGCCACCGGCCCAAUCCACGCCAGCUGUGGCCCAGAAUCCAGCCGGAUUGGUGAACCUGUACGGUGGCACGAAUCCGCCAACACCAUCGCCACGCCGGAAGCUAAGCAACAGCUCCUUUGGGAAUCCAAAUCCCACUCCAAGCACAACAGCGAAUCCCAAUCCCCAGGCGGAUGUCUUUGAGGAGUUUCGGGUGGGCGGCGGCAUUGGUCCUCCGCCACUAUAUGCCCCGGCGGACUAUCUCCGGAACGGGCCCAGUUACUCCAACGAUGGCGGAAAUUACAGGAACGGAUAUUUUGGCUCCAACUACUUCCCGUAUCGGCCGGAGUUGAAUUACAGCUACGAGAGGGACUGCAAGUCGUAUCCGGACUACUCCUACGACUAUAAUCACCGACUGCCGGACUACUACGACUACCAGUACGAGGCGCCGAUGGUGCAGGUGCCCGUGCCGGUGCCGGUUGCAGUACCUGUUCCAGUGGUAUCCCAGACCCGGACACCGCCACCCCGAGUCCCUCAAAUGGGCGUCAGUGCGGCCGGCCAUCGACGCACACCCUCCACGGUUUCCAACAACUCCAAUGUCCUGCUGGAGCACGAGGAGCUCCUCUGCUACGACUACAACAACCUCAAUCUCAACACGGACUACGAGAGGGACAGGGAGCGGGAACGGGAGAGGGAGAGGGAAGCAGUGGCUCCGCCCACCAAGCAGGAGCUCUACGCCGGAUCCCCGAAGCUAUUGAAUCGCCUGAUCCACAGUCCUCUGCCGAUGACCAAGAGCAAGUACGCAGUCACCCGGCCGGCCAGUCUGCCCUUCGAGCAGCAUGUCCUGCCCAUAGGAUACCAGACGAAUCAGCCGGCCCUGGCCCCGCCACUGGCGACCACAUCCGCCUCCGUGAACGCCUCGGCGGCCGCCAAGCUACGCAGCUCCCUCAAGAAGUACAAUGGCGGCGGGGGAGGUGGAGGAGGCGGUAAUGGUUCCGUCUCCUCGCAGCAGGGCACGCCCACCAAUCCCACGCCCCCCGACUCCCUGACGAGCGACGACAGCUCCUAUCUGAGUGCCAAAGAGGGCUCCAUCGGCUCCCAGCACAGUCGGGUGCGCUUCAGCCCGGAGGCGUAUCUGGACGCCAAUCCCCUGCCCUCGCUCUCCCGCCGGAUGACGGCUCCGGCGGUCCACCAAUCCCAGCAGCAGCAACAGCAUCAGCAUCAGCGCCGCCAGCGUCAGGUUUCCAGCGGCAGCACGCCCUCCCCGUCCGCCUCGUCCUCCUAGCAGGCGCGUCUGGCGCUGACGCUUCAGUUGGCGCGGAGUCCGGGAGCGGACAUCAGUGGCCUAGUGGCCUUGGGAUCAGCAGGAGGAGGAGGAGCAGCUGCAUCAGGAGCUGGAACAGGAUCAGGACUGGCACUUCAUCAGCAGCGGGUUCCGUAUCGCUGGUAUUCCGGAGCUCGCCGGUCACGGUCGGCGCAUUACGAGUACCGCCUGUGAGUGAAAGAGAGGGAAGCCGACCAAAAGAAAAGAGAUGGCAAUAGGAGAGUUAUGAGAAGAGCUUUCGGGGGAAAAAAUAAGAGAUCCUGUAGAAAAAGGACAUCUUUAGGAGGUUUUCUUUUAGAAGUAAAAAAUAUAAAAAUUUAAGAGCCCGGAAAUUAACAAAAAUUUAAGAAACUAAAAUUAAAAAACCUAAAAAAUGCAAAAGCAUUAACAGAAAAAAGCAAAAAUAACCUUUCAUGUGAUCCUUAAACACUCCAGGAAGCUAAAAAUAAAAAAAUAGUUAAAAAAUAGGAUUUAAAAAAAGAAAGAAAAAGGAAGAAACUCACAGGAUAGUUAAAAUCUAAAAUAAAAUAUAAAAACUCUUUAAAAAAAAUUCAAAAAUGAAUAAUAUUUAAAAAAAAAGAAAGAAAAGAAAUCAGAAAGAAAGCAAUGACAGGACAGAGCUAGAAAAAUCAAAAAGGAUCAAAAAGGGAAAAGGACUAAACCAGAAACAAAAAGGAAAAGAAACUAAAAACAAAGACAAAUAUCAAAGUAAAAAGUAAAAAGGAAGAAGGAAAAUAGAAAGCAACCAAAAAAGUGAGCCCAAGGAAUUCCAGAAAUAAUUAUAGAAGAAAAAAAUAGAAAAAAAAGUAAAAAACUGACAGAAAUCCAAAUCAAAGCAGACGUAAAAAAAUGUAAAUAAAAUUAGUCAAAAAAAAAGAAAAAAAAAUAAUAUAUAAAAAAUAUAUAAAAAAUAAAAUAAAAUUCAAUGUUAAUAAGUAGCCAACGAAUAGACCAGAAAACCAAGCAAGAGCGGCUGUUUUUGGAAAGAGAGUUUUUGAAAUAAUUGAAAAUAUCAUGAUCCAGAAACAGCCCCAUUAUAGCAUUAUUAUAUAUAGUAUAUAUAUUAUAUAUUUGCUAACCCCGACUUGUGCGAUUUGCCUUAAAAAUGUAGAGUGAAGACUUCACUAGUUUUGCCUGAUAGCCCAACACAACUAACAAAAGAUAUAUAUCUUCGAUCCUAUGUAUAAUGUAAAAUAUUUAACAGCCAGCUAGCAAGCCAUUAAAAAAACAACAGAAACAGCAACAACAACAAGAACAAACAAUAAUUAUUAAUAAUACUUAGUAAUUCCAAAAACAUCCAAUCAUCCCAAAAAAAAAAUGAGAAAAAAUAAUAAGUCAGUUGUAAGCUCCAUUUUUAAGUCUGAACAAAAAAAAUGUUUAUAUAUUCAUACAUAUAUAUAUAGUAUAUAUAUAUAGUAUAUAGUAUAUCUAUAUAUUUAUAGAAACUUAGAUAUAGAAGCGAUAGAGGAAGCGUUAUAAGUUAUAUAACCCCCAAGAUACUAGCUCUGAAUUGAAAUAACGGUAUAACUUAAUGAUCGAUUUACAAAUACUUAUAAUGGAUAUUAUAUAACGCAUAUAUCGAAGCAUAUUGCUAAUGUUUUUUCCAAAAAAAAAAAAAAAAAAAAGCAAAAAGAAUUUCAACUAUUACCUUAAAAAU